GAUGGUGUUCGCUGUCCACUCCCGCCCAUACCUUCCUUAUCCAUCGCCCUCCUACUCACGAUGACAACCAUAAGCGCUCAAGUAACUUCCCGACGACACUCCCUAGUACGUUAUAAAAGACAGUACAACAUGGUGGUCGAGUCACUGUGUUCCCCGCCCCUCUCCCUUUCUAACUUCCUCAAUCUCCCUGGAUAAACUCUACACCGAUGCACUACCGCGUGGGUUCCUCAGGCUCUUCAAACAGCCACAAGUCUUGGGGGUCAGCAUCCCCGGCAUCCCCCCCGCCAAUUCCAACCACGCCCUACCUACAUCCAGUAUCGCUCCCGGUACCAAUUACAAAUGCACCCCACCUCCAUACAGUGUCCCUCCCGCACCCUAAUGCACACCCACACCAACCCCCUAUGUCAUAUCAACACUCUUCUACGACCCACUCUUCCAUGAUAGUCUUGCACCCCCUCUUGAGUCGUGGUCCAAAUAUGAUGUUUAACAUCACGCUAGACCUAGCACGUGUGCAACUGCGACCAGACUGUCCACCUACCAGGAUUUGGGAGUUUGCAGUACAACCAACAGUCUCUCGUAUGACCAUUACUAUUCCUGAGUUUCCCACUUGGAUAAUAGAGGUCGUGAACCCUCACGGGAUCACCGUGAAUGACGUCCUGCUCAACAUUCGGGAAACCCUCAACCGAAGUGUUACAUCACACGAGAUGCAAAUGCACGGACCCUCCCAUGCAGCUAGUGUCGCUAUCGAUUCUUUUAGGGCUAGGUCCCGUGCAGACCCGCGCGAACAUGCGCUGGGCGUAAAACGUUUUGACUUUUUGGGUCCGAAAAUCUUCUUCGUUGGCCUCACUAGAGCUCGAGAUGGCUCGGAUAGCUGGAAUAUCCACUUCUCCCAGAAUGUUUGAUUCUCGCACUGCGAACUUGUCCCAUUGGCUUGUCACACGCCAUCUUUCAACGCAUCGAACCUCAGUGUAUCGGACUCGUCUCCAACGGACUACAAUUGGACUUCAUCACUUUUCGUUCACUUUGUAUCAUCGUUGCCACCGUGACUCAAACCUCCCCCACUGACGUGCUCAUCAUGGACUUCAAUUUGUAUCAUCAUCACAACUCACUAACCCCCUACUCACAUUUUUAUCUCUAUCUUGCUAUAUUUCACACUGCAGUGUUUUUCAUCUGCGGAACGGACUAGUCACGUAUACCAGGAUACCUUUACAACUUACACAAUCCCUGACAAUGCAAUGUAUUUUUAUCAUGUAUGUAGUUAGUUUUUCAAUCCGUACUUUUCGAAGCGCCCUCGUCAUUCUUGAGUUGUUAGACCCAAAUGCUUAUCAGUCACAAUCAUGGCUGCACUAGAAAACGGUCCCAU